UAUUUUGGCCGGCGUACCCCAGAGGUUGAUCCAUUACCAUACGUAGUAACAUUUUCAUCUACUGUGUUGUGGAUCUAUUAUGGCGUAAUCGAUGAUCAUAAUGUAGCCAUAUUGACCAUUAAUUCGGUUGGAAGUAUACUCGAGUUAGUAUAUAUCCUUCUAUACCUAUACAAUGCGCCUCGUAAAUCAUUGAAUCGUACGCUGUGGGGUUGGUGCAUUUGUGUGCUCGUGGUUGCCUCAAGCAUACUAAUCACCUUCUUCGCUUUGCAAAAGUACUACAGAAUUUACGUAGUAGGAUGGAUAUGUGCAGCUUCGUCACUCCUCAUAUUCGCAUCACCAUUACAUAUUGUGUUACAAGUUUGGAGAACCCGUGACCUCCAGCUCAUGUCACUAUGGCUUUCUCUUGCAUUGACAUUUUCUGGAGUUGUUUGGGCUGCAUAUGGACUCUUAGAGCAAGAGUUCAGUGUU